CAGGCAGGACCCAGCCUGCGCCUUCAGCCAGGAAGCCCUGAGGCAGCACCCCCCCGAAUCCCACCUGCUCCCCCCGGCUAGGUCCCCCAGAAACCAGCCUGCUCCCCCCGGCUAGGAAUCCCCCAAGGGGUCCCUAUCCCUGAGCAGGGCUCCCCACCCCGCCCCUUGAAGCAGGUGCCAUGGCAGCGCCAAAGACCUACUCUAGGGUCUUGCAAGAAUCCCAGGACGUCUUCCACCGCUUCCCCCUCCAGCUGGUCCACGGGAUCCCGCUCAUGGAGCCCAUCGCCCAGCAGUGGGGCCCCAUCGAGGACUUCCAGGCCUGGCCUGACGACCUCCUCAUCUCCACCUACCCCAAGGCAGGGACCACGUGGAUGCAGGAGAUCGUGGACCUGAUCCUGGUCCGAGGGGACGUGGAAAAAGCCUGCCGAGCCCCGACCCACGUCCGGAUCCCCUUCCUGGAGAUCUGCUCCCCUCCCUCAGUGCUCUCAGGUGUGCAGCAGCUGGCGAAUGUUCCUCCCCCCCGAGUCAUCAAGACCCACCUGCCCUUCCAGCUGGUUCCCAAGUCCUUCUGGGAGAACAGAUGCAAGGUGAUCUACGUGGCCCGAAAUGCCAAGGAUAACUUGGUCUCGUAUUACUUCUUUGACCAGAUGAACAAGACACAGCCCGAGCCGGGGCCCUGGGAGCUCUAUCUGCAGAAGUUCAUGGAUGGGAAACUGGCCUGGGGCUCGUGGUAUGACCACGUCUGUGGAUACUGGGCUGAACGGGCCAAUCACCGCAUCCUCUACGUCUUCUAUGAGGACAUGAAAGAGGACCCGGCCCGGGAGAUCCGCAGGGUCAUGGACUUCUUGGAGGUGGAGCUGCCUCCAGAGGUGCUGGAGAAAAUCGUCCAGCAAACGUCCUUCCAGAUCAUGAAGGAGAACCCCAUGGCCAACUAUAGCAGUAUCCCCAGAGUCAUCCUCGACCAGACCAUCAGCCCCUUCAUGCGCAAGGGCGAGGUUGGCGACUGGAAGAACCAUUUCACCGUGGCGCAGAGCGAGGCAUUCGACGCCCAUUACCAGCGCCGCAUGGAGGGGACCGGCCUGCACUUCCGGACCCAGAUCUAGGGCCCGCCCCGCAGGUGCUGACAGCCCCCCCGCCCCCGGGAACAGCGCUGCAAUAAAAGUUUAUCUCCUGACCCUGGACAUUGUGAUACCUGGGAGGGCGUGUCCCAGAGGUGGGAGUGGGGCCUGGUGCCUCAGGAAACUUCCCCUUCAGCCCGAGACAGGAUGUGCCCAGGAUGGCCCCCCCGCCCCCCCUCCCCGAGUGUCCUCCCGUCGCCUGGGGCACAGGUGCUGCUUGGAGGGGGCAGACACCGCACUGCCGGCUGCUCCCUCAGGCUGGCUCUGACUCUCGCAGGCCUGGUCUCCACUAGGAAUGUUCUCCGGCAUAGCGACAGCCCUCAGAGGUGUGAAAAUCUACACACUUGAGAGAUGCCGGUAUACCAACCUCAGCCCCAGCGUAGGCAGCGCUAGGUGGACGGACGAAUUCUCCAAGCGGCCUGGCUACUGCCUCUCGGGGAGGUGGAUGCCUACGCGGAUGGGCGAAGCCCUGGCGCACACAGCGUCUUCACUGACGCGCUGGUUAGAUAAGCCGGUGACGGCGCUCCUGGGCUCCGACGUGCUCCUGACGUGCAGCUUCCCCGCGGCCCCGUGCGGGGCGGGCACGGGGCGGGCAGCUGCGGGUGACCUGGUACUUCCAGGGCCAGGCGCUGAUGGAGCUGGACGGCAUCGCGGUCACCACGAGGAAGGGGGCAGAGUCUUUGCCCCGGAGCUGCCCAGGGGCAACGCUUCGCUCCUCCUGCCCCGCGUCACGCUGGCCGAGCAGGGCCCCUACCGCUGCUCCGUGCACUACGGGGGGCAGCGCGGAGAGGGCAGCGUCCGCUUACGGGUGGCAGGGCCGGAGGAGCAGCGCGGCCUCCUGGAGCCGGGGCUGAGGAUCCUGCUGUGGACGCUGCGAGGGGCUCUCCUGCUGGCCAUGGCGCUGGGGGGCUGGAGCUGUUACUGCUCUGGGAGGAGGCGUGGGCAGGUGCGGGAGUGGAUCUGGACCCCCCGACGCUGGAGAUCAGCGUGGGGCGCAGCCAGAGGACGCGGCAGAGGGACUGGCGGGGCCGUCCCUGCUGCGCGGCUAGAGAAGGGGAUCCCAGUGAGCACGGCCCAUGGAGCUGCCUGUGCAUCGCGCCUCGCUCUCACCGGGGGCCCCCGGCCGAACUGCUGAUGGGUCCAUCCCUGCGUCUGUCAGUCCUGCCUCCCCAGCGAGGUCUCAGCAGCAUCCCCGCUCCCCAAGAUCUGGGUGUCAAUAAAAGCUGCCCAUCCCCCUUCCUGUGCGGCAGACACAAGACGCCCCUGUAUCUCCCUCUGGCGCUUUCAUGCAAACCCUCAGAUUCAGCCCCACAGGGCCUUGCUCCGGCCCCUCACUCCUGAGUGUGGCUGGAAUGUGGUUCCCCCCUCACUCUGGCCCCACACAAAUGGCUGGCCAGUGCCCAGACCAGAGCAAUAAACUGUCUCUCUGGACUCCGUG